AUGAGCGCAUACGGCGGCUUAGGGCCCAUGACCAAUGCAGUCCUUUGGGUGGAGGUCGUUAUCGUUAUUGUCUUCGUGGCGCUACGGCUCUAUACGCGAAAACAGAUUCUUAACUCUGUUGGCGCUGAUGAUUAUCUGGUUCUUAUUGCCCUUGUUCUCCAUAUCACUUACACUGUCUUCGUCACCGUGUCGAGUGUUUAUGGCCUAGGAAGACUCUACGCACAAGUCGGUGAUCCAGCCACCUACUUCACAGCUGUCAAAUAUGAAGUGUUUAGCCAAGUGGCUGGUCUAAUGGUGAUCGGUGUCGGCAAAUGUGCCGUCGGCGUCUUCCUCCUUCGAAUUGUGCGAAAUAAGAUCCAGAUUUGGUUCAUUUGGAGUUUCCUUGCGGCCACCAUUGUCAUCACAUUGUUCGCCAGCAUUACUGUUGUAAUACAGUGCUUGCCAGUGCAGAAGACUUGGAAUCCAACUGUCAAAGGAACAUGCUGGCUCGACUUUUCGAAGGUUGGUUUCACUGUGGGAUCGUGGUUUGUCGCCGCCGACUUUGCUUUUGCGAUUCUCCCAUGGUUCGUUAUCUGGGAUCUCAACAUGAAGCGCAAAGAGAAGAUCACCGUUGCCUGUGGUCUUAGUCUUGGGGUCUUCGCUGGAAUAUGUGGCAUCGUCCGCACCGUCGCUCUGGGAGGCUUGAAUGCAUCUGAGUAUAUCUAUGAUACAGUGCCAAUGCUCAUCUGGUCCGCUACGGAAAGCUGUGUCACGAUCAUGUGCUCAUCAAUUCCCGUUCUGCGUCCUCUCUACCUUCGCCUCAGGUACGGCAAGGAUAGCCAGAACGGCUCCUCUGGUAACACAUCCUACAAAUUGCCCCUUUAUGGCAGUGGUCGAAAAUACGGCAGACUUUCGAAAUAUGGCAAUGACAUCUCAGCCAUCGAACCGAAGAUAUCUUACCAGAAACCACCUAUGCAGCAUAAAACAAACAAUGCUAGUGAUGAGACUAUUGUUCGGGGGGCUGCAGGCAUCGAGAGGACGGAUGAGGUUAUGGUCAGCUGGGAGCGACCUGGGAGGAAUGGCUAG